AACUUUUGCAAUGAGAGUUCUUCCAACAGAGUUAUGCACCUCAGAGUCGGUGGAUUAGCACGUGCAUAUCCAUCUAGGUCUUGUGCUGGCUGUCGCGCUCGUUCUUUUUCAACUUCACAUUCAAGGCGCUCUGUAAUCAUUCAUGCUGGACAUGUUCAGUCGCUCAACGAAAGCACGAAUGCGCUAGUCAGCUUCUCGACUGAAACUCACAAUCUUAAUUUCCAUGGACCUUUGAGUAACCUGACAGUUGCAAUCAAGGACAACAUAUGCACAAUGCAUCUACCGACAACAUGCUCGUCAGGGAUGCUUCGCGGUAUGUCGAAUAGCGUGCCUCGUUCUCGUUCUAACUCUAUCACAGAAUUCACUUCACCAUUUGACGCGACGGCGGUGGAAUUUCUGAAGGCGGGAGGCGCGAAUAUUAUUGGGAAAGCUAACUGCGAUGAAUUUGGAAUGGGGUCCCUGAAUGUAAACAGUAUACAUGGCCCUGUGGUAAAUCCGUAUCAAUCUCCAAAUGAAAAAUCCGUACCUUGGGCCGAGCGCGAACGUAGAUCGGCGGGCGGAAGCUCAGGUGGAAGUGCUGCAGCUGUUGCAGCUGGUAUGUGUGACGCUGCACUAGGUACAGAUACAGGUGGCUCUGUCCGUCUUCCUGCAUCAUACUGUGGUAUUACGGGCUUGAAACCCUCGUAUGGCCUCAUUAGCAGGUCUGUCACUUUUCAACUCAUAUUUCAGAAACUCAUGGAUAGCAGAUGGGGUGUGGUUUCUUUUGCUGAUAGCCUUGACUGCGUCGGUGUGCUCGGAAAGUCCGUUGAUACAGUGAAGACCGUAUUCGACUCGAUUUCGUCAUAUGAUCCAAAGGAUCCUACCGCAGCGGCACCUCGUACAAGAGAUAGGGCAAAAGCUUCAGCAGAAUCACUGUUAUCGACUCUGGAUGUGAACUCGUCUAGCCCUGACCUCUCGUCGCUUCGGAUUGGGAUACCACAAGAAUAUUUCCCUUUUGAACUCAACACUACUAUCGUGACCGCGGUUCGCAAGGUUUUAGAGCGACUAUCGUCCCUUGGCGCUCAAUUGAUUCCAGUCUCCCUUCCAUCGACGCCGUAUGCAUUGAGUGCAUACUACGUUAUAGCAACCGCAGAAGCGUCAAGCAAUUUAGCGCGAUAUGACGGGGUUCAAUAUGGUACUCGUUCCCCUCUGCUCCCUGGUGCAGAUAAAUCCAAACCAGACAACGUGUACGCACAUACGCGCUCGGCAGGUUUUGGCGCGGAGGUGCGAAAACGCAUCCUCCUUGGCACUUAUGCACUCACAGCUGACGCAUUUGAUAAUUACUUUCUUCAAGCUCAGCGCGUCCGGCAGCGAAUCAAGACUGACUUCAACUCUAAUUUUCGCAUCCCAAAUGCUCAACUAUCCGAUCCCUCACCAAAUCCCGAUGGUGUGGAUAUUCUCUUACAUCCCUCUGCGAUUCGUACCGCACCUCGACUAGACUCAGAUGCAAUCUCUGGUCUGGGUCCAUAUCUGCAGGACGUUAUGACUGCUCCCGCUUCUCUGGCCGGCUUACCAGCAGUGAGUGUCCCUGCCGGGUUGGCUGCCGACGGUUGGCCUGUUGGUGUCAGCAUCGUUGGACAGUGGGGUUCUGAUGAACUAGUAUUAUGCAUUGGCAAUGUGAUCGAACGGACAUCGGACAAAGAUAAUAGUAAUCCUAAUAGCUAAUACACUUUGUGGGCUCGAUACUGCGUAGAUACUCAUCAAUCCAGGCACGUUUCGAUUAGAACACAUGCAAUU